GGUUUGAAUAGGUGGACACAUAAAUCCAGCUGUGACGUUUGGUCUCUUACUGGCAAGAAAGCUUUCUCUGAGCAGAGCCAUCUUUUAUAUUGUAAUGCAAUGCCUGGGCGCAAUAUGCGGUGCUGGGGUUGUGAAAGGGUUCCAACCAUCGAGAUAUGAGGUGUUGGGUGGUGGAGCCAAUGUUGUGAACCAUGGCUACACCAAAGGGGCCGGCCUUGGAGCUGAGCUUAUUGCCACAUUUGUUAUCGAUUACACUGUUUUCUCAGCAACCGAUGCCAAGAGAAAUGGCAGAGACUCAUGUCGCUAUAUUGGCCACGUUGCCUAUUGGGUUUGCGGUGUUCUUGGUUCACUUGGCAGCCAUCCUCAUCACAGGAACAGGCAGUAACCCUGCCAGUAGCCUUGAAGCUGCCAUCAUCUACAAGAGGGACCAUGCUUGGGAUCACCAUUGGAUCUUUUGGGUUGAACCUUUCAUUGGGGCUGCACUCUUUCACCCAAUUCAAGCCAUCCCAUUCAAGAACAGAGCUUGUAAUAACAUUUUUUAA